AUGUCCAACCGCCUUCAAAAUGGUUUCAUAUUCCAGUCAACUCUGCUACAUGUCUCUCGCUCACCUGCCCUUCUCCAAGUAGUCUACGGCAGGAAGCCGACCCUUUCUCGAGUUCCCGGACCGCGAGCAACACCACCACCACCACCACCACCACGAAUCCUGAAGCACUGCCCCUUUGGC